AUGGCUCCAACUGAGGCUUCUAUUCUGGGCAAUUUUCUUCUUCCGCCUGCGUCGUUUCCGUCAAUCAUUUCUUUGAAGAAGUUUACUGACCUCUUUCCCCGCGCUUUACAAUCUCAUCCACAUGUCAAGCUGCUCUAUCGAGAACUACAACAUCAAAGGGCUCUGCAAAUAGACGAAGUCAAGAAGAGUAUUGCGGCAGAAGUCCGGAGAGGCGAAAAGCAGCGCAGAGAAGUAGUGCGAUCAAGAAAGCAAUUUGAGCAGGAGAGCUUUGCUACUGAGAAUGAGCUUGAUAUUAGAAUUGAACGUGAAAUGAAUGGCAUGCUAGCAAAAUUUCCGGCAAAAGAGCCUCAAGGUCUACCGGAACUUAUUGAAAGCAUGGAGAAAGCCUGCCAGGAUAUGCAAGCAGAGAAUGACGAGCUUGAUAGUGAAGCCAAUCUCCUGCUGUCAGACAUUAGAAAUGUGGUUGACAACUUGAGCGACCUCCGCUACGGCAAAUUUAACAAGCCAGGCGCAGAAGAGACAGUUGGCGCAGAAGUGUUCAGCGGCCUGGAGCAACUGGUCCAUCUGUCUAGCUGA